AUGGCAUCAAAGCUGUCAUCUCCCUCAACAGAGGAGCAGGCUUCCUCCGAAAUAGACGAUCUCCAUCUAUCGCUGCAAAUGCAGCGGGAGUUUACACAGAAGAAAACCUUCACUAGCUGGAUAAAUUCAGUACUGGCAAAGCAUACACCUCCUUCCGUUGUCUCAGACCUGUAUACAGACAUACAGCAAGGACAUUUGCUUUUGGAUCUGUUGGAAGUGCUUUCAGGUGAACACCUGCCACGGGAAAAAGGAUUUAAUACCUUCCAGUGCAGAAGCAACAUCGAAAAUGCUUUGACAUUUUUGAAGAGCAGAUCACUCAAGCUCAUAAAUAUUCAUGUUGCUGACAUUAUUGAAGGAAAACCUUCCAUUGUGCUUGGCCUAAUUUGGACAAUUAUAUUUCAUUUUCAUAUUGAAGAACUUGCCAGGACACUUGCUUGUACUUACAAUCAGCCUUCGCUUGAUUGUUCAAGUGCUGCUGACUCCUCUCCAAAGGCAAGCCGGUCAGCUAAAAAAAGUGCUAAAAUUAAGCAACGGUGGAAGAUCUCUGCUACAAAGGCUCUCUUGUUGUGGGCAAAAGAACAGUGUUCACUGCACAGCUCUAUCAGUGUGACUGAUUUCAAGUCAAGCUGGCGAAGUGGACUGCCAUUUUUAGCCAUCAUCCAAACCUUACGACCAGGUCUAGUUGAUCUGGAGAAGGCAAAAGCUAGGAGCAAUAAAGAAAACCUGAAAGAGGCUUUCAGAAUUGCAGAGCUGGAGCUGAAUAUUCCACGGCUUCUUGAACCUGAAGAUGUUGACAUUAUGAAUCCGGAUGAAAAAUCAAUCAUGACCUAUGUGGCUCAAUUUUUGCAAUACUCCAGGAAUUUGUGUGAGUCUGAAGAAGACAUGCAGGAAAAAGUAAGAGAGGCCAUGAGCUGGUUGGGUGCACAGGAGGAGAAGUUUGCAAAGUUGCUGAUUGACACAGAGAAUGAAACAUAUUACCAGAAGUACAAAGAAAUGAUGUCAUUUGUGGAAGCGUUUAACCAAGAAAAAAUCCCCUUUCUGCCUGUGUUGUCGUCAAAACGAAAUGAACCAGAGCUGAGUAAAGGCCAGCAACAGAUCAGAGAAGAGUGGGAUAAACUGAUCUCUCAGAUUAACGAAUGGAAAGCAAAGCUGGACCAGAUGUUGCCUUCCCCUCUGGAUAGCAUUGAGGCUUGGCUUCAGGAGGUGGAACAUCUGCAGGGAGAAGAUUUGCCUGAUUUACAGGACCCAUUUGAAGCCAUGUUUGUCUUCAGAGAAGUAAUUGUAAUAUUUAAGGGCUUGAUGGAUUGUUAUGAUUUUCACUUGGACACCCUUCAGUCAUUUAAGAAUGAAGAUGAGAAGAAUAUGCCUCUAGUUUUGCCUGGAAAGUUAGAGGAAAUGAAAAGAAGAUUCAGCAAUAUUCGUUUCACAAACUGCCACACCUUUCUUGAAUACCACUGCGGACUCUGCACGGCUAUUGCCAGUGAGGUGAUGUUAAAGCUAAAUAUCUGGGACAUGAAAUAUGGGACAAAAGAGUCUGUGGAAUCACUGCUGGAAAAAUGGAAUAAUUUCAUUGAAGAAAAGAGACUUGAAACGCAACUAGAAACUGCUACUCAGAUCUGUGAAGAUUUGAAAAACAAAAACAUAAGCGGUCCUGACUUAGCUGGAGAUCCUCAAGAAAUUAGCAAACUUUUUAAGACAGUGGAGUCAAAGAUUUCUAUGUGCAGAGACUAUAUUUCCAAUGUAAAUACCACCCUACAAAAAGUCCUGUCUUCCUGGAGUAAUUAUACAGAAAACAUCCACUUACUAAAGACGUGGCUGGAAGAGAAACGAAACGAGCAUCCGAAAGAGAUCCCUGCUGAGAUCCUGGCAGAGUGGAAUUCAGUUCAUGCUUCCUUAAAUGAAGCUGGAAACUAUCUCAUCGAAGUCAGCAAAGAGCAAGUUGGAUCAAAUAUUGGCAAAGAGCUGAAGAAACUAAACAGGAGAUGGGCUAAGUUCAUCAAGAGGACACACUUUCUUGGUGAAGAGAGCACAGUUGCUGCUGAAAAGACCAGGGAGCUUCCAGGCAGCAUGGAGAAAAUUGAAGAGCUCCUUGGAGGGGUGGACAGCUGGGCAGCAGAGAUUGGAUGCUUGCUUGGCAAGAUCGGUCAUGAGGGGCCUGUGGAACCUGAGACAGAGGAACAUUUGCAGAGCUUGGCUGCAAGGGGAACCUCGUGCCAAGAGCAAGUUGUGGCAGCAGAAGAGAUCUUGCAGUCCCUGAUGCAAAAUGUCUCAGGUCGGGCGUCCCAAGAGGAUCCGCACACCACUGCGCUGCAGGUGCAAAUCAAAGAAGCCAGAGACAAAAUAGAGGCUGUGAUGGGUGACGUGAACAACAUUUUGUCCAAAUCUGAGAAGAGACCGGCAGAGAAGGAGACUUUGCUCAAUUUUGAAGAAUCGCAGAAAGAACUUGAGGCCUCCAUUUCAAAGGCUCUGCAACUUGUCAGUCAAAAAUUAAGUCCUGAAGAAUGGAUAUCAGGAUAUAAGGAAGCUUUUAAUGCUCUUGACAAUAAAGUUCUUGACAAAUUUUUGAAAGCAGCUGAACAACUGAAAGAUAUUUCAUCUGAUUGUGAAAAGCUGGUAGUGGAAGAAAAGAGUAAAGAUGUUCGUAAAAGAUGGGAGGCAGUUCAUCAUGAAAUUAUAUCCUGUGUCCAGCUGAUAGUAGAAAGGGAAAAAAAGAAAUUUAAUGCAACUUUAAAAAAAAUCAAUAAGCAGUUAGGCAAAGAGAAGAAACUACUAAGUAUGGAUAAAACCAAAGGGCUCAUCAAGGACCAUGAGGCCUUUUUUUCACAUGAAGGCAGCCUGAGGGAGCUUAGCAAGUCAUUAGAAGACCUUAAAAUAUUGGGAAUACUAUCAGAAGCAGCUGUUCCAGGCAUACAGACACUGACUGCAGACUGGGAACAAAAGCUAGAAAAGCUUCAGCAAAGUGUGGCAGAUACUUACACGGCCCUGCUGUCACGUGCUGGAAGAGGACAGUCAUCUAAGAAAAAGAGCAGCACUGUUGCUUCUGAGAAUGGAGAAAAACCUGGUUCUUCUCAAGAAAUUGAUAUCCUUUCAGUACCGGAGACUUCAAGACCUGCUGCAGAUGUAGUUUUGGAACCAGAUGUGAAACAUCACAAUGGAGAAAGCCAUGCAAAUAAAUUUGAGGAAGACGGUGAUUUACCUGUACCAGCUUUAUUAGAAAGUUAUGACACACAAAGAAGUAACCUGGAGGAACUUUUGCAAAUCAGCAGAGAUAAAGUAUCAUCUGGCUUUACUGAUGAAAUAAAAGGCACUUCAUGCCUUCAGAAUAAGCUGCUUGAACUACAGGUGAUAGAGAGUGAAACCAAUUCUGGUUGGACACAAUUGGAAAACACCUCAUCUACCUUAGAAAACCUUGUGGAUGCAGUACAGCAGGCUGCUCUCUCUGAGACGAGAAGCAAACUGAAAGGAGAAUGGAAGGAGCUUCAGGAUAUUAUAAGUACCAGAACAAACUCUUUAAGGACUGCUUUGGAAAUUGUUUUGCCAAUAGAAAAUGAAUCCAUUCUUCUAUGUGAAUUGGAUGAGCGGCUGAAGAAAAAGGACGUCCAACAGUUUCAUCUGAUGAAUAGUGAUCUUGCUUAUAGGGAACUAAAGGAGCUACAGAGGUCCAUAUUAAAUCAGAUUGAAGUGUGCAAACAAUUGGAACACCUGGAUAGUUCAGCAAGAGAUGAAUUUAAUCCAAUAGAUCUGCAAGCUGCAAGUAAAAUUACGAUUUACUAUCAAAACCAGCUUGAGGAAAUGAGCCAUAAAAUGCAGAUCCGUGAGACAGUCCUUAAAGAUCUGGAAGCUUUUAUGGCCUCACUGAGGAAGAUUCAGUCUUCCAUCAAAUGUCUCACAGAUCCCUCAGGUCAACUUGAAAUACAGGGAAAAGCACUGAGAGAGGCUGCACAGGAAGUUUCUCAGCUGGCAGAAGAGGCUAAAUGUUUGGACGAAUGCUUGAAAAGAGUUGAUAUCUGUUUGGAAGAUGCUGAAUGUGGGAGAAAGACUUGCUGUGAAAACCUUGUUCUGACUUUAUCUGAAGACCUGAAUGCGAUUUAUGAUCCCUUGAAUGCAGAGACGCUUACAGAAGAAAAAGACUUAUACAAGGUUUUUUCCACAAAAAACGGUGAACUCCUUAAAAACAUUCAGGAUCUACGGGACAAAAUCAACAAAAUAGGCUUGAAGGAUGCAACAAUUCCAGCUAUUCAACAAAGGGUAAAAUCAUUAACGGAAUUGGAAAAGGAAUUGGAUUGUGCUGCUGUUGAAAUGAAACCUUUGCGAGAAAUUACUAAUAAGCUCCCACAGAUCAAAGAGGAAAAGGCAGAGGAAGCAAAUGAAUGGUGCAGAGUUACAGAGAGGUUAUGGGAGGAUACAAAACUCUUGCUUGCUGAAUGCCAGGAGCAGUGUGCAAGGGCUCUGGAGCUUCUGAAGCAAUAUCAAAGCUGCAAAACUAGUCUGACCAGCAUCAUCCAGAAACAGGAGAUCGUGCUUUCACAGCAAAUUUCUUACAUGGGAAAGGAGAAUUUGAACAGACUAAUAACAAAGAUUGAAGAGGCAAAAGAGGAAUUUAAUGAUCGUUCUGAAGAUGUAGACAGAAUAAAUCAGAUCUGCAAAAACCUUCAAUUCCAGCUCAAUAAAAUGAGAAGCUUUGAGGAGCCUCCAUUUGAGAAUGAGGCUAACAUUAUUGUGGACAGAUGGCUGGAUAUUAACGAGAAGACUGAAAACUACUGUGAUAAUUUGGGAAGAGCUCAGGCUUUGUGGGACAAACUUCUUAGUUUAUCUGGCACGAUCGAUGCUUGGGCAAAUGCAGAACUUAAGAAUGCAGAAGACCACUGUCUGGCUGAAGAGGACCUUACUCAGUUGAAGGCAUGCUUACGAGUCCAAGAGCAGAAACUCCAGAAAUUUGACAACACGGUGGCUGAGAUAGAAGAACUUCUAAGCAGUAAUGAACCUCCACUGGAGCUACAGGUCAUCAGAUCAUCUGUUGUGCAGAAAAUGGAGCUAAUAAAAGAGCUCUUGUCAACAAAGCGGAGGACGAGUGAACUCAGUGUGAAUACAGCAGAACUAAAGGGAGACCUUGAUCUGGCCAAGACGCAGAUCGGAAUGACCGAAUCACUGUUAAAAGCUUUAUCUCCUUCUGACACCUUAGAGAUCUUUACUAAAUUAGAGGAGAUACACCAGAAAAUUCUGCAACAAGAACACCAUGUGACAUUACUUCAAGAAGAGACCGAUUGUCCUGAUGUGGAUGAAUUAAAUAAGCAGCUUAAAUGUGUCACUGAUUUAUUUAAUAAGAAGAAACAUGUGUUUCAAGAUCACUUUAUCGGUGUCUUGAACCGUCAGUGCAAGAAUAGCACUCAGCUGUCUUUGAAGGACUGCUUUGACCCCUCAGAAACAAAACCGAUACUGGAAGAAAGACUGCAGAGGCUAAAGCACUUCCUAACAUCUGAAGGCAAAGAUAGAGAUAUCCAAGAGGUUAAAGCUUUAUUGAAUAAAGUGAGGCAUUACUUGCCCAAAGCAAGCAUUAGCCACCUUAACAGCCGUGUGAGAGAUCAAGAAGCAGAACUACAAAGAUUGAUCUCCAAAUGUCAGAAACGGGAAAAGGAACUUGGCGCUUCUCUCCAGCAGCUCAGUAGCCUUGGAGAAAGGAGCACUGUCUUGGGAGAAUGGCUCACUGCUCAGGAAGAAAAACUAGAUGAGAUCAAAGAAGAUGAGACAAAACUUGAAAACUUUUAUAAAACAUCAUUAAUGCAGAGAAAACCGUUUGACUCCAUGGCUCAGCUAGCAAAUUCCUUGAGGGAGGCCGGGCUGACAGAAGAUGAAACCAUUUCAGAAGCCAGUGGUCUUAUUAGUAGAUACCAGACACUGAUAACACAUGUUAGUGAAAUGGCAGGGAGUACUGAGAGACUUCCAGUGGAAGAACAAAAUUUUGAAGAACUUGCCCAGGAUGUUUCUUGCUGGAUCAAAAAGCUCGAGGAGGCUAUAAAUAAGCUGAGUUCACAGGAAAGUGAGUUGUCAUCAGAUCAAAGGAAUAAUCAGAUAAAGGAAAUCACAGCUCUGAGAGAUGCAGUAGAGGCCAAAAUACAGAACAUGGUAGCUCUAGGAGAAACUUUAAUGCACAAUGAGACAAACAAGUAGCAGACUAUUUCUGAGCUCCAGAAUCAGUGGGAAAGCACCUGUCAGUUAGCCACUGAAUAUAGAAGCCCUCAAGAGCAACUUCAGUGCAACAAGGAGCAAUAUGAGCAAAUCGGAGAAGAUCUGAGACUGGCUCUAACUGGACUGGAGAAACAGCAACAGGAGAUAGGUUUUGCCCUUCAGCCUGGUUUGCAGGAGAAGCAAGCUCAGCUGACAAACUAUGUCAACCUCCUGCAGAAAGCAGAAGACUUAACUUCCCAAUUUAAUGAAUUGAAAAGCCAGGAAGAUCGCCUCCAGGGUCACACUGGGCAUCCCUGCUUCACAGAGAUGGAAUGGUUCAAAUUAAAGCAUCAACAUGAAAAUCUGCUCAGCCAGCUGCAGACCAUAGUGCAGACAUUGGAAAGUCAUGUUCAAGAGCACCAGCAGUUUCAGGACAUGGUAACAGGCCUGAGCAGUGAGCUGAAAACUCUCUCUGAGAAGCUUGCUGAUUGUGAAGGUCCAGCAGUGGAACAACCAUCAGCUGAGCAAAACCACUUGAAAUCACAGGAACAACAAGGACCUCUUACUCAAUGCGAAGACACGUUAAAGAAGAUUUUGGUUUUAGCAGAAACUGUUAAACAGAACACAUCUUCACCAGGACACAAGUUUAUUAAGGAUGAGAUUGAAACACUUCAGAGUGAACACAGGAGUCUGGAAGAAAGACUUGAGAAUGUCAAGCAAAAGAAGGAAAAUAUUCUCAGUGAAACCCUUGAGGUAAAAGAUGAGUUUAGUAAUGAAAUACAGAUGGAAGAUAAGGCAGAUACAAUGCUGAAGAGAGACAGACAGAUCACUUCUGAUACUCCUGUCAGUGCAGAAGAGAGCACCACGGCAGUGGAGCUAAAGGAGCCUUUGGAAAUGCAUGAUGGUCAAGAUGUAAAUGGAAAUGUGUCAGAGAAAGAGGAGCAAACUGAUCCGCUUUUGGAGGAAAGCAGUGUGUUGUCAGACAGCCCAUUACAGGGUAUCCAUCAAAGCAAGGACAGACUGGGGCAGACUGUUCAGGGGGAAGCUGAUAAAGAGAGCCCAGGUAUGGACAAACACGAUAGAGUCCAGGAGGAUGCUCUGGACAAUGUGGUCCAGGUUGGUGAAGCAGAACUGGAAAGGCAUCAGGAUGGUGUUGGUAUUGAAGGUGAUGAAACAAGAAAGGAAACCUAUUCAGCAGAGGAUAAACGUAGUGAUGUCAAGGAUGAGUCAUAUAGAGAAGAUGUGGAGCAGGUUCAACGAAGAGUGUGCCAGAAGAGUCAAGUCCUGAAAUCCUCAUCAGAUGAGGAAGAUGAUCUGGAAACAAAUCUCCCAGUUUGUGCACAUGAGGACACAGGUGCAGAAGUGGUUGUCCAGAAGGAACUAUUUCCUGGAGUGCAAGUAAACACUGAAUAUUUUGAAGAGGAACAAAAGGUCAAUGAGCUGAAAAAUGAAGUGGCUGAACUGGAUAUCGUGCUCAUAAAUGAACAACUAAAAGAGCUGGAGAAUUUACAAACUGAACUGAAAGCAUGGAAAGAAAAAUCUUUGUGUCAUAGUCAAGAAGCGUUUCCCAACGCAACAGGAGCAAACGUAGCAGAGCUGCAAACCACAGAGCCUGCGGUGCCCUGCUGGGACAGGCUGCUGCAGGAACUAGAUGAUGUUAAGGCAGUGAAGCAACAGCAAUACUGUUUAAUUAAUGAGUACCAGAAAAAUCUUUCAGCUGCUCAGUCCUCCAUGAAAAAUCUGUCAACAGAAAAAGAUAACAUAAAAAUGGGUCCUAUGAACAACACAGUUCUUCUGGAGAAAAUUAAGACAUGCACAGAGUCCUUACGAAAAGAAAGAGAUGUCUUAAACCAGUUGAAAGCUCAACAAGAAAGUUUAUCUCAGCAUUUAACAUGUAUGGAUAAAGUGUUAACCGAAAGCCAAAUGAGGCAACUGGAGGAAUGGUGGCAACACAUGGAACAAUCAGUGCAAAAGAAACAUGAUCAAGUUGUGGCAGAAAUUGAUGAAUUUAACCUGCUUAUGAAUAAAGCACAGGAUAUUCAGAGACUGAUACAAGAACAGUGUUUACAAGCAGACUUAUAUUCCUUACCUGAAGGAAAAGCCAAAUACCCUGUACUUUGUACCACAUUGCUACAGGACAUUAAACAUGGUCUUUCUCUAUUAAAAAGAAGGAUCGAACUGCAGAUGAAAAGAAUUUGGAGUGAUCAAGAGAAGGUAGCUUUGGAGAACUCCAUACAUGAUUUGCAGAGCAAAUUGGAAGCAUUAUCAGUGCAACAAACUCCUCGAGAGGAUGAUCAGAUCACUGGUCCUGCUCUUAUGAAACAUGAAAUGAUGAAAAGGCUGAAAGAAAAUAUUUUCUGGGUCAAAGAUUCACUGUCCUCUCUUGAUCAGAAAGCAGCACUUUUCCCCAGUGAUGUUAAAUCACAGAUCAGAAGUUGUCAGCUUAUGAGCACAGAAAUUCUAAACAGAGAGCCUGUGAUUAUAUCACUGGAUUAUGGGCUCCAGCACAUCAUUCCCAGCUUGAAGCCAGAGGAGAUCUCUGCUAUGACCUUCCUUUUACAAAGAUUGCGGGAUUCAUACAAGGCUCUUGUUUUAAAAUCAGCUCAAAGAUUAGAGCACCUAGAGCUCCAACUGGAGGAGAGGCAAAAACUUAUUGCAGAAGUAGAAAAAGUUCACUGUCAGCUUCAAAAUGCUGAGAUGCUUGCCAGGCCUGACAGGAACCAAACCAGCACAUGGUCAGAAUUAAUCAAUCAACAAGCCAUUUUAAAAGAGAUUUUAAAGGACAUACAGGAAAUAGAAGGGCUUAUCUCAUCCCACUGUAAAGAGAGUCAGGUCACAGCUGGAGAACUGAGCCUGUCUGAACAACUGUUUUUGAUUGACCAGUUAAGAAGUCUGAAGCACAGAGCAAGGAAGAUACAGAGGCAGAUUCAGGGUAAACUUCACGAAGUAGAAAAAAAGAUAACUGUCUACAGAGAGUUUGCUGAAGGAGUAACUUCAUUGCAGCAAGAUCUUAAUGAUGUACAUUAUGGUGAAAUUAACCUGGAAGAAGUUGAAUUAUUAGAUGCCAAGCAGAACGUGAAGGAUAAAUGCAAAGCACUUGAAGAAAAAGUAUUAGCUUUCCAGUCCAAUUUGUCACAAAUAAAGAAGUACAAAGAAGUCUUUGAAUGCGUAGGUCUAAAAUGGGACUCACUGCAGCUGGAUGAAUUGCAAACUAAAUUUUUUAAAAUUAAAAAUAAAAUUAAAGGGAAGAUAAUACGGUUUGACAACAUUGUUAGGGAAUGUGAUAGGAUUCAAACAUUGCUAAAUGAAAUCCAGACUGUGACAUCCACUGUAAGAAAAGAAGCUAACAUCCUAAGUGACAGCUCUGGCUCUUCUCCUGCUGAGAAUCUUCUAUCUGUACAGAUUCUGGUUCAGACAGUUCAACAGAUCUCGCACUUAACCCAAGACGUAGCAAAUCAAAUAAACAAAAAUGAGGUCUUUGAUACACCAUUCAAAGAAUAUGAGAUGAAAGAAAUAAAGAGCCUGGAGAAAGAUGUUGAGGAAUUGAAUCAGUUUCUUCAAAACUUGAUGUCUAGUCUCCAGUGUGUAAACAACGAAGAUAUCCAGAAUGAAGUAGAACAUAUAUUCCACGUCAUGGAGCGUAUUCAAUUAGAGCUUCAGCAGCCACUUCUGAUAGACAUAAAAAUAAUGCAGUAUGAAAAGAUGCGAUGGGAAGCAAUUCAGAUUAUGAUGCAAGCAAAAUUUUCUGCUAUUAAAUGUAUAAUGGAAAAAGAGAGGGAAAACCAAGAAGAAAAAUCUCUUGCUUCUGAUACAGAAACAAAAUUAGAGAUGCUGCAGGAUCAUGAAAUACAACUGAAGGCAGACAUUGCUGCCCGUGUUAGUGCUCUGGAGGAGGCAUGUAAGACUGGUGAGCUUUACACAAAGGCUGUUCAGAGCGCUGCCAGGUUCAUUGAGGACUGUGAAGCUCAAGUCACAUCUGCCACAGGAGAGCUUGGUACCUCAGAGGAGUUCUGUCAGACGUCACAAUGGAAGCAGGAAGAGUUCAACUCUGCAAAGGCUAACAUAGAAAAUCUGUACUCCAAGCUGAAAAACCUUAUGAAACCGGAAGACAAAAUAUGUCUGGAAAAUACUUUAACGGAACUUGUCAGUAAGAGUUUGGCGUUAAGGGAGAAGGCUCAAAGAAAGGAGGAGGAUGAGCAGAGGUAUUUUGAAAAAUACAAAAGCUACACAAAAACCAAAGAUAAGGUGUGCAGUGUUCUUAACAAACUGGAAAAGAUGCUUAGACAGUCCUUGUCUCAAAUACCAAUGUCUUAUAAAGAAGCUUUGGAGCACUUAGAAGAAAGCAAGGUUUUAGUGUCCAGCAUUGACUCGGCUGAAGACGAUCUUGUGAAGCUGCGGCAGGUCUCUGGAGAGCUGAUGAGAUUGUGCAAGAGAAGUGACAAGGCAUUGGGCAGGAUUGUAAAGGUGUUGUGGGAAGAUUGGCUGGGUUUGCUUGAGGCAGCCAAAGGACUGGAAAUUAACUGUGAAGAACUAAAGAAGGAAUGGAAAUUCAUCAGUCAAGAGCUGGAACGAGAAACAAUAAUUCUCGAUAAGCUCCAGGAAGAACAGCCAGAAAGUCUUAAAGAGAGAGAAAAGGCCACCAGAGAGGAACUGGUAGAAUUACUAGAGUUUGUGAACUCAUUUGAGGAAAACAUCAACCAGCAACAGCUCCUCUUACUCUUACUUCUUCACCGAAUAAGAAACAUCCUGAAUACAUCUGAAAAUACCGAGGCAGAAGCUGCCCUUCCUGCCUUAUGUGAGAUAAAGGCAAUGCAGGAUCGCUGUAAAAAGUUGUAUGAAAAGACUCAAGACCAUAAGGAUUCUGUACAAGCGGAGAUUCAAGAGAGGAACAAGGUCACUGAAGAAAUAAGUGCUGUGACAAAUGCAUUAUGGAAUGCUGCAUCUCUCUUAUUAAAAGAUGCUACUGGAAAGGCAGGACGACUGGAGGAGGUGCAGGGUGUGAUUGUUAAGGAGAGUCAAACUCUGAAGGACAUCAUGGAGAAACUCCGGAUCAAGUAUUCUGAAAUGUAUACAAUAGUUCCUGCAGAGAUUGAAACACAGUUGGAGGACUGCAAGAAAGUAUUGCAGGACCUAGAAGACAAGGUUAGCUUGGAAAUCUUGCAGAGCUCUCCUCAGUAUGUGCUGAAAAGCAAAGCAGAAACGAUUAUCAAUGGCCUUCAAGCUAUUGAAAAGAUGUUACAACAGAAGAGUGAAAACAUUGCAAAAGCCAAAGAAGUUCAGAAGCAAAUCUGGGAUAUGCUGGACCUUUGGCAUUACAAACUCAAUGAACUGGAUGCAGAAGUACAUGAUAUAGUAGAGCAGGAUUCCUGCCAUGCCCAAGAGUUGAUGGACAUUUUAGUGAUCCCCCGUCAGCAGUACCAACAGGUCUCCCAACUUGCCGAGCGCAGAACUGCCAUUUUAAACAAGGCUGCCAACAAGGUGGAAGAAUAUGAUGACCUCUUGAAGAAUAUGCAAGUUUGGAUAGAAAACACCAACUGCUUGCUAAGACCAGAUGGUCAAAAUGACUCUGCAAAAAGCUUACGCAAACGUACUGAUGACCUUCAGAUGGCUUUGGAAGACUGCGAGCAAAAGCAGAAUCUUCUACACAGUGUCUGCUUGGAGCUGGAGGAGCUGACACCAGUCUUUGAAACAGACAGUGUAAUGCAACAGCUAAAUGAAAUAGAUGAUCAAGUAGCAGCUUUACAGCAUCAGAUAGCAGAGAUUCUUCCACAGAUCCAGCAUGUGGCUGAUGAAUUGGAUGCCAUUGAAUCUCAUGUGAAAACGUUUGAGAAGGACAUUGCCAAAAUGAAGACAAUACUGUCAUCAGAAGAUCUGUUAGAAUUUUCUCCUAAAGACCAACUAAAACAUGGACAGGUUAUACUUGGCCAUGUUGGGUCCAUGCAGAAAACCCUUGUUCAUAUACAGUCCUACGAAGAAGCACUUCAGCUACCAGGGGUGAAAAUGCAACCUUUCUCAGUCUUCCAAAGAGCAAGACAACUUUUGAGAGAAUUGAAGCAAUUAGAAAAAAUUACUAAGGAACAAAAUGACCUACUGGAGGAAGCUGUAAUGAAAACAGAAGAAUGUGAGCAAGAAAUUGAAAAGUUGAAACAAUUCUUAAAGAACCACUUGGUUGAAAUAUCACAUGAAGACCAACCACCAACUCAGAAGACUCACAGUCCAGAGGGAGAAACGGAAGCUGUAAAAGAAGAAAUCAUAAAGCUCUGCCAAAGAAAGGAAGAUACCCUUACUGGGAUGAAGAAUUCAGUGUCUGAGCUUCACCAGCACUUAAAGCAAGAAAUGCCUGAAUCAGGAGAUGAACCCACAGCCUUUAUAUCAGCACAGGCUGACUUGAUUGGGAACGAUGUUUCUGGUCUGCAGCUGAGAAAAAGAGGAAUGAUGUCUCUUCUACCUUGCUUAGAUGAAGAAUCAGAAGACAACUCUUUCCACAACAAGGGAAGUACAGCCACAGAGAAAGAUGGAAGCUUUUGGACUUCAGAAAGAGAUGAUGAAAGGCACAAGGAAGACAGCGCAACCUCCUGGUCUUCUGGCACCUUGUCAGAUGGCAUUUUUCAGUCUGGAAGCCUUCCCAUAACGGUUCUCUCUUUAGAGAUUCAUGACAGCACACCCCAGCUUGCCCUUGCUGAACAGCCACCCAUUUCACACAGUGGUUUCCAGCACACACAGAAAAUGGAUCCGAAAGUAAAAGCAGCUGAUCAGAAAAGCCUCAUUGACUUCAUUGAGUCAUGCGUGGAAAAAAUACAACCACAGUUUGAUGGCAGAGUGACUCAGAAAUUACAAUCCAGUGGAGAAUCUGAUCCAAAGAGCAAGCAGGCUGAUCCCACCUUAGCUCCAAAGGACCAAAUGGGUAAUAAAUGGCAAUAUUUACAACAAGAGCUGUCAUCAAAAGUGAAAUCUCCUCUCUGCCAGCCUGUGGAACNNNAGAUUACAACAAAGAUGAACAUGCCGCCCCGAGGCACAUUUGCUAGUGCAGGAACCCCAACUGUGGAAGAACUGAAAACUUACACUCUGCAGCUGGGAGACCUAAGCCAAGAAGCAAAUGUGGUGCAUGCACAGGAUAAUGGGGCAGAGGAAUUCUCUUCCAGUUUGGACAGAAAAUUGUUUGAGCUGCUUCUGGCAAUCAGCCGAUGUUUGAAUAACAUGGAGGAGAUGCUGAACACCGCAGUCCUCUCCACUGAAGAGGCAGCUAUACAGCAGGCUCUUUUUGAGACUCUUUCUGUCGAGCUGCAAAAACUUCACGCUGAUAUGAGUGAUAAAAAGGAUGAUCUUCUGAAGUCUGUUAGCUGCACUGGCAGGAGCAUAGAUGUGUUCUUCGAGUGCUUUAACAACUUGCAGGUGCGGCUGGAACAAACUCAAGCUGCCACUGUUUCAAGGAGCAACUCAAUGAAAGCUGGACUGGAUCAUAAUAGCAAUUAUCAGAAUGAAAUCAGGCUGCUCUAUGGUCAGUUAACUGGGAAAAAAGCCGCUCUGCAACACUACUUGAAAGCAUUACAUGGACAUAAUGUUUCUGAACAACUACAGAAAAUUGAUGCCUAUGUUUUGGAGCUGAACGACUUGGAAAACCAAGUAGCAAAACUGAGAGGCCAUGGGGAGAGAUUUCAGUUACCUAUCACCUUAAUCCAGGAAGCUUAUAAAUUAGAGGAUCUUUUGGAUGACAUGUGGGGGAUUCUGAAGGCAAAGUAUGUGGAACUGAACCCUCCUUCCAUCAGUGAAAGCCAGUAUGAGGUCUUACUUAAUGGAUUUGAAGAGUUGGUAGCUAUUGGACAAGAGAAGAUUACACAAGAUGCAAAGCAGCUGACAAAGAGCAGAGCAGCUCUACAGUCUCACCUGAAAAAUCACAAGGACUUUUUCCACAACCUCAUGACCCGCAUGGCUUUCAUGCAAGUGUUUUUCAAGAAAGUGACUCCCUCCAUCCAACAAAAGAAAGAGAAAUUCUGGGGAGAGCUGGUGAAUGAAGUCAAUCUGCUGGAGCAGAAGGCCUGCCAGUCUGGUGCACACUUAGAAAGCCUGUUAAAGGAAUGGACCGAAUUUGAUGAUGAAUGUCUGGUUUUCAGUAAGGAGUUAGACACACUUGCCUCUACACUGCCUUCUGUGAAUUUGGUUGAAGAAACAGAAGAAAGAUUAAUGGAAAGGAUUGCACUUCUACAGCAAAUCAAAAUCAGUGUUGAUGAAAAGCAUGCCAGGCUGUACCAGAUGGUGAAAGAAGGGAAGAAAUUGCUGGCUACUGUGAGCUGUCCAGAAAUAGGAAGCCAGAUUGGGAAGAUGGAAGAGCAGUGGUUGUCUUUAAGCAAAAAAGUUGGCCCGGAGCUACACCGACUUCAGACGUUACUCAAACUCUUGGUCAGCUACAAUAGAGACUCAGAGGAAUUAAUGAAAUGGCUGGAUUCUGCUCAGCAGAGAAUGAAUUUUUGGAAGGAGCAGUCUCUCAACGUGUCACAAGAUCUUCCCACCAUUAAGGAUAACAUGAACAGUUUGUUGGCAUUCUCUAAGGAAGUUGAUGAAAAAUCUUCCCUCAAGUCAUCUGUGGUGAGCACGGCCAACCAGCUUUUUCAUGUGAAGCAAGCUGAUACUGCAGCACUGAGGUCAUCUUUGGCCAAAUUUGAGCAGAAAUGGGGAGAAUUGAUUCAACAGCUCCCAGUCAUCCAAGAAGAGCUUUACCAGCUUCAGAUGGAGAAACUUUCGUCGCGGGAAGCUAUUGCUGAACUAAUGACCUGGCUGGACCAUGUGGAACAACAGCAGGAACAUGAGGAGCCAAUAAAUGCACAACUUAGUGCUGCCCAAGUCAGAAGCCUUCUUCAGAAGUCCAAGGAAUAUAUGAUGGAAAUGAACAUUAAACAGUGGACUGUAGAAUUUGUUAACCAGUCACUCUUGCAGAUGAGCACUUGUGAUGUAGAAAGCAAGCGGUAUGAGAAGACAGAAUUUGCCGAGUGUCUUGGAGAGGUGAACCUGCGGUGGCACAGGCUGCAGGCGUCUCUGACCAGAAAGAUACAAGACCUGCAACACAUUUUGGAGGAUAUUACCAAAAACGAGAACAAAGCACAGACUCUACGCAACUGGCUGGAAGCUCAGCGUGAUCGACUGAGAUGUUUACAAACCCCAGCAAGUCUGAUCUCUGCCCAGAACACAUUAGAUGAUUGCAAGGAGCUAGAAGAUCAGCUCACAACUAAAUCCAAAAUUCUUGACGAGCUCAAACACAGUUUGGCUUCGAAUGGCAGUGCAGAACAAACCCCAGAAGCUCUGUCUGUCAACAUAGCUGAGCUGUGUGAAAUGAUGGACAGCACUGUAAGCCAGGUUGCACAGUUAAAGACCUCAAUGCAGUCAAUACUGGAGCAGUGGAGAGUAUAUGAUGAAGUUUAUGGAGAAGUCAGCCUGAUGACAACAAGAUAUUUGUACUGCUUAGACCAGUGCAAACCUGCUGUGGUGUCACUGGAAACCUUGAAAGAACAGGUCAAAACUCUUCAGUCUCUUCAAGAUGAAUCAGAGAACAGCGAAGAAUGCUGGGGCAAGCUCCAAGCUGCUGCCAAUAACCUGAAGAACUGCUCCCCGUCCUUUGCAGAGGUUAUUGAACAGAAGUGCAUGGAGGCACACGCUAGGUGGAACUCAGUAAACGAAGCCAUCGCAGAUCAACUGCGGGCAAUGCAAGCCAUCCAACAGCUCUGGGAGCCGUACAAUACUUUAUGCGCUGAGAAAGCAGCCGAGUUACAACAGUGCGCAGAGCAGUGCACUCAGCUCUUGGACGCUCACAUGCCUGAGGAUAACACAAUAGAAACCCUGGAGCAGAGGAUACUGGCUGUAAAG